AUGGGAUAUCCAAAUAUCAUUAAAGCAGUUAACAGGAAGUUAACUCCAAAUAUUGUUACCUCGUCUUGUCCAUUUUCAAGGUUUGACAAAUUUAAUUUUGGCGCACGAAUGGCGCUUUUGAAAUAUGAUAAUGAAAUUUUAGUUUGGUCGCCUAUCCCCUUUGGAAAAGAAGUAGUAGAUGCCCUUAAUGUUCUCAAUGGAACGACGGGCAAGGAGGCUGAAUCGUUCAAUCUCAAGUACUUGAUUAUUCCAGAUCGUGAGCAUACCUUAGCUGCAAAAUCCUUCAAGAAGGUCUAUCCGAGCUUAAGCAUAAUUUCUAUGGAAACAGUUGACCUAGGAGAUGUCAAAAUCGACCAUGUUAUAACUUCAAAAUAUGGGAACAAAAAAAUUGACAAGAAAGUUUUAGAGGAAAUUGGAAUCCUGGACCCCUUUAUAGUUAACAAUUUCGAAUUUGUUUAUCUACCAUUUCAUGCCAACAAGGAAUUAGUCUUGUAUGAUAAGAAUUCUAAGAUUGUCUUUGCUGCUGAUAUAAUUUUCAACUUGGGGGUUCGAGGGACAACAAAUAAAUCCGUUACAUUAGAGCAGUACUCACCUGAGACUGGCUACACUAACUUUAAUCCUCACCUGGGCUGGUCAUACUUCACCAGAUAUCUACAACCAUACAGUAGUGUGGGAAAUUACUUAGCUAGGUCCGUCAUGAAUACCUCAAAAAGUUCCGAGGGACUUAAAGCUAUCGAUACAUGGGAUUUUGACACCUGGGUAAUGUGUCAUGGAAAUGUUCUUGAAAAAAACGGAAAGCAGGCUUUCGAAAAUAUUUUCCAUUCAGUUUUAUGA